UUCACCGCUACUGCUGGACCAGGUGUGUUAUACACACUGGCUAUAUAGUCUACCUGUCAGUGUAUUAGCAUCGCCAAUGGAAGACGUUGCUAAGGUGAAAAGUGUGGCGGUAUCUUGGAUGUGAAUUUUUGCUAUAUUGAAUAUAUUUUGCGGUGACUGGGUAGUGUCGUUGUGUUGUACGUAGUGUCACCAGACAAAGACACUGGAUCGCUGGUGAGCCUUAACGCUCGGCGUGGGUGUGCGAUUAUAGUGGAAUCGUUACAACAACAGGAGUCACGGCCAGAGCUGAUUAAAAGGUUGAUACAUAAUAUAUCACAGUUAUCUUGGAAAUACAUAACGUACUUUUACAUGCAUGUACACGAUCACGACAUUAUGGAUUAUAAAUUUACCUGGCACAACUAUGUAAGGAAAUAUUUGUCUGUGUCUCCGAGCCUGUAAAAGAUAUUUUCUCUGAUUGGACUGAUGCUUUCCUUCUCGGAUAGAAUAUAUAAAGGAUCAACCGCUUCUGUGGCCUCAUGACGCCAUGAUAAGAGAUGGUUUACAUACUGGAACAACCGGAAGCUAUCACAAUGCCUCGAAAGUGGGAAUGUACCACUUGACUGUAAACUUUACAACGCACAAUAACAACGACACAUUAGCGCCCUCUACCGGAGAGUUAAACAACACCUCCGCUUCUGUGCCUAUCGGAUCGGAAGAGUGGUACCGGCAACAGCAAAAACAGUUUUACGACUCCUAUGAUCCUAGUGUCGGGUACAACACAGCGGCAGUUCUCGGUGGCAUGUUGGUACUACUAGUAAUGUAUGUGUUCUACCGGACUAAAGUUAGAAAACAUCUAAUAAGUCUGUUUCGGUACAUAAAGGGACAGUACAAACUCAAACAUCAAGCCGACUACGGGGCUCCAGACACUACCGAGCAAAUGACGUAUUCGUUUGGAAACGCACCCCCAACCUCAGACGGAAACGACAACAACCCGGAUGGCUAUAAUGCCGCUCAAAGUGAAGUUAAGCCGAAAGGGUCAAGCAUUCCAGUUCAGUUUCUUAGUUUUGAUAGUGGAACGUUAUCAGAGCAUGCCAAUACCAUUGGGGCGUGCAACAGAGAGGAGAUAUUGAGGAGAGUUCGGCCCACUAUAUCAUUUGACCGACAGCUUUCUGAGGAUGAACCAAAACAACUUCCGGUUGUUGUCAUGGACAUGGAAAUAGCCACAGCGGACUGGGUACAAAAACAACACCAGUUACAGCACCAGUUUCUCAGUCCGGGUGGAAUUAUUUUGAAAGUAAAAUCGGACACCAUAUGUCCUCCAAACAACGAUAGUUACCCGUCCGCGCAAACAGUACACCCACAUAUAAAGUGUUGUUCUAACCGCCACUGUGUUAAUGCCAGGAGACGACAGUACAGCUGUGGUGCGCGUUCGCAUUAUUCGUUGGAUCUUAACAAAAGUAUGCCCUUUUUAGAGGUUAGUGAUGCGAACCUGAGAGGGAUUGAGCCAUGUCUCCAUGGUAACCGUAGAAAAGUACAGCUCAAAGCCACAAAAUUCCCUAGUGUUUCAUCAGAGCCAAAAACACCUUUAUUGAUUAAGUGUACAAAGUUUUCUAGUUUGUCAUCCGAACCGGUGCGAUCAGGUAGACCACCAGACCUUACAUCACAGCCCAGUCAAGACAGCGGGCCGCGCACGCCCCUUAUCCGCUCCCCUCAACCAAAAACACCCAUACCGCGCUCGCCCGUACCUCAGCAGCGUCAACCACAUACACUAGUGAAACAACAUACAUUGACACUUCCAGUACAGCAGUACACUCUAUCACUUCCGCUACAAAAACCUAAUCCGCCGUCACCUCACCUUUUGCGACCACCCCCUCUUCAGCAGCGCCCUCUACAGGCAUCGUGCCAUAGACAGACGUCAUCAACUCAAAAACAUACACCUCCUCAGCAUAUUACACCUAUCAUAAAGAUUCAGAAUUACGACAAGUCACAACGAAGGAUGAAUUCUGUGUCGCAGAAGGAAAGUGUUGACCAGGACUCCGUGAGCAGUAGCUCGUCAGAGGAAGCUCAGAUCUACCGUAUACCGGCCGAACAGUGGCAGUCCCCUAAACCUCCUCGCAGGGGCAUACUCGUCCGCGAGAACGCAGUCACGAGUCUAAGUGCCUGUCCUGUGUGUGAUAAACUACAAAGUUCACGGUCACCCCGGAAACAAGUUAGUCUGGACACGGGUUUCCACCAACUCCGCCUCCCCUCCCCAUCACCGGGGUCUAACUCGCACAAUACCCCCAACAUGGAGACCCCUUUAUAACAGUGUGUGUCCCCUGUAUCUCCGUGGGACAUGAUUAUUGGGCUGAGGGGGUAUGACGUAGUCAUCCGUUGAUGUCUAUGAAAAGUAUUCAAAAAUAUUAAUUAUUUUCUUAAUAGGUAUGUUAUAUUUGUUCAGACGGGUUGACCUGUAGUUAAUUCCGUCGAACCGGUGCCAGGUACGAUUUUCACCUAAUUAGCGUUUUGAUAUUUGUGUAUCCCUGAGGAAUGUUAUGGGUGAGAGAAUGCAUGUUAAUUGUUUUGUGUACACGUGAUCGUAACAUUUAAGACACAAGCACAAAUGUCUUUUCUUUCUGAAGAACAGCAACAUCGUAAGAAGUUUUAGAACAUUUCAAUGCUAAUUAUUAGUUGAUGAUUGUUCGUUGUUAUGUAAUUUGAUAAUGAUGUAAUUUUAACAGAAGUUUCGCUAACAGAUUGGACAGACGAUUUAUUUUUCAAUAAAUUUAAAUGGCAUAAUUAGACAGUAAAAAUUACCAACUUAAUAGUAUGACAGGCAGGGUUGACUCUUGUGGACGGGUUAUAGUAACGAAUGCGAGUUUUUAUUAUUAUUUUAAAUAUUGAUAUAGUAACUUGAUACUACAUACUAGUAACAAGAAUGACAAAACGAAGAUCACAAGCUACAAAUUUCUUAACAUUGGUUCAUGCCUACUGGUUAUUUUGGUGCAGUGUUUUGAAUUGGUCGACUAUUUGUUGUAAAGAAAACCAAAAAUGCAGAUAGUGCAUGAAUUAGGGGUGUUCUUAUAUGUUAUAAAACGUAACGUGGGUUAUUAAAUCUCGACAUACAAUACAAUGAGUCCAAUCUCGAAAAAUACUCCAUAAGAUCACCAUUAGUGCUUCUCAUUGUUCAUUUCUUCAUCACUUGUUUGAUACGUAUCAGUCUUUCUUUAAGUUUAAUUCAAUCAUCUUUUCAAUAAUUGAUUGAUUUCUAGUAUUCUUUCGUUAAGUUCAACUUUACUGAUUUCCUCGUCAUCAGGUUCGGAUUUUAUAUAGCUUUUUCCUUGGGAUUUUUUGUAACACUUUUCUCGUCAGUGCGUUGACUUGUAGCUGUCUUUCUUUUGGAGUUCCUUCAAACCAUUUACUCAUCCGUUGGCCGAUUUGUAGCCUGCUAUUUCCAAGAAAUAUGACUGAUUCAUGAUUUUGUUAAUGUUGUUGUUGUUGUUGUUGUUGUUGAUUGUGUGAGCACGUGAUGCUACAGUUAAAAUGCCUGCCCCAUCCCAUCCACUGCAAAGCACUUAAUUGGUAAACACCUCCGAUAUGUUUCAGAUAUCUGAAGCGAUUUUAGUUCAACCUGUUUUAUUAGCAAAUUAAAGGGAGUUAAUCAUAUUUUUUUCUUUUGUGCUUUCGUGUUUGAAAUUAUUUUUGCAUAUCCACUUCUUUUUUUUUAAUAUAUCAUGAACAUACGUACAAAAUUUCCAGCAGAAAUCUCAAAAAAAAAUUACCCGAAGUCAACGGUGUUAAAACCUGAAAAUGUCCGUGUUAAGAAUAGUUUGUUUGACGUAAUCCAAAAAAUACCCUGAGGUGUAAACGUAAAACAAAUCUUUGUAUUGUAUCUUUUUAUGCAUCACAGACCAAACAAUGGCCUCGAUAGAAAGUCAGUUGACGUACUAAUUAUACAAGUGUACCUCUCCAUGUGUCGCCUACCUCACAUACCGAUUUCCCUACAUGCUCAUACAACGGUAGUUUUAAUAACAAAAUUUGACAUGUAAAAUAUAUAGUGUUGACUGAUAAAAAUGUAUAGUAUAGUGUAUAAUAUUUCUCAGAGUUCCUCAAAGUUGUAAUUCUUUCGAAAUGUGGACCUUGUCGGAAAUGGUCGAAAUAACCUAUUUACUAGUUGUGUUUAAGGUUAUAAUGAUACCGACUACUGAGCCAGUAUUUUGACUACAAAAUUGUCUGCAUGUUCAACCCGUGUAUGUAUCUGUCAAAAGUUCGAGACAUUAUGACGUCACAAAGAUUGCAGUCAUACCUGCACGCCAAGACAGUUAAAUUUCUGUAUCAUGCUAGAAUAUUUUAUGAGAAAUACUGUACUUGAAAGGAUGAGUGAAUGAGAAUUAAUGGUGACAAACAUAUGCAAGAGCGCAUCGAGUGAAUAUAUUCAUCCGCGCAAUAAACUCGUGCUUUCUGAUCCGUUAGAAAAAAACAAG